AUGAAGCUUGAUGCCCAAACUGAGAGGUUAAAGGUGGAGAUAGAGUGGAAGAGGGCGGAGACGGAGGCGAUGGAGGCCCGAAAAGUGGCUGAGAGGGCGGUGGCAGACGUACAGCAUCUACCCGGGUGGGCGCAAGAGUCGCAGGCGAUAUAUUUUCGGGAGAAUGUCAAGGCAAAGAAGGUGAGGAUGAGGGCGGAGACGGACAGUAUGUAUGCCGAGCCGGCGGUGGACAGCGAGAGCGGUGGCAGGAAGACAGAGCGGGGAGGGAAGAAGGCGGGGGAGGACGUCGAGGAGAUGCGGAGGCUCGACAUGUUGAGACGGCGGUGGCUUCGUCAAUGGCCGCGGCCGUAUCAAUGA